AAAGGUUUGAAUGUUGAAAAAGAGAGUCUAGAAUUAGAAUAAACCGUUCGUGCAAAAAGAGGGAAACGAAGAAACUCUUAUAAUAACAACAACGAUAUCAAAAACCUUUGUUUCUUCCUCUUCUUCUUUAACAACAACGCUUAUUUUCGUUCCUCUUUAUAUAAUCAACCAACGCUUUGUUUUCACAUUCUUUGUAAUAGAUACAACAUGAAGAAGAAACUUGAUACUCGUUUCCCUGCUGCCAGGAUUAAGAAAAUUAUGCAAGCUGAUGAAGAUAUAGGGAAGAUUGCAAUGGCCGUGCCUCUUCUAGUUUCCAAAGCACUAGAACUAUUUCUGCAAGAUUUGUGCCAUAGGACAUAUGAUGUAACACUUAGGAGGGGAGCAAAGACUAUGAAUGCUUUUCAUUUGAAACAAUGCGUACAAUCUUUUAAUGUCUUUGAUUUUCUGAAUGAUAUUGUGAGCAAGGUUCCUGAUUUAGGCGGUUCUGUUGCAACUGGCGACGACCACACUGUCACUAAGAGGAGGAAAGUUGCUGAAGAUGAUGAUAAUGACAGCGACGAAGAAACCAAGAGAAAUAAAAUGCCAGAACCUGCACAUACCAGUGGAAGAGGAAGAGGUAGGGGUAGAGGCAGGGGUCGUGGCCGUGGUCGUGGAAAUAAAGCUGUCGAUCAAGAGAUUUGUUCACAUGUCAAAUUUGAAGACGGUUCACAUGUCAAGUUUGAAGAUGGUUCACAUGUCAAAUUUGAAGAUGGUUCAGAAGCCUGGAAACAAAAUGGCAACCAUACUCAAAUUAAUGAUAGCCCGGAAAAUGUGCCAGAACCUAAGGAAGUUAAGCCGAGUUCAUCAUUUAGAGAAUCCGAGGAAGUAAAGCAGAGUUCACCAGUCAGAAAACCUGCCGUUGUUCGAAAUUUUGAUUUAAAUUUGGAGCCAGACGAGAACAUGGAUUUCUUAUCCACACCAACUCCUGUCCCAUCUUGUUCACAGCCUAGAAAAUCAAUUUCUGAAGAAAAGAUUGAGGAAUACCCUGGAUGGUCCUUAUCUGAUAUGGAAAAAAUGGCUAUUGAUCCCAUACAGCUAGCCAGCUUAAAUAAUAGGAUUGAUGAAGAUAUGGAAGAUUAUGAUGAAGAAGUAUAGAUAAACUUGCUUUGGCAUAAUCAAUCAUUAGAAUGUUCUGGUGGAAAAUUAAAUUAGAUUUUUCAGGAGUAAACAAGUAGUGUUAGACUAAUCCUUAGUGGUUAGAACUUAGAAGUAGCAAUGUAAUUUAGUUUUAGAAAUUAUUAUCUCAUGUAGGUAUUGCCUAUGAUAGGCAUUCUAUUCAGAUUUUCUGGGAUGCCUACUUUAGGCAAUGCUUUACAAGCAUUUUCUGUAGAAUAUUAUCCUUCCAUUAAUCAUAGUUGUUCAUUUGUUUCUCAA